GUUUUUCCUCCUUGCAUGCUUCUUUAAAGGAACUCAUGCAGACAAAGCCUAGAGUCAAUGGAACCAGUGUUACUGAAUUCAUUCUGCUGGGUUUGGUGGAGACACCAGAGCUGUGGCCACUUGUCUUCAUACUCUUCCUCUUGGCUUACAUGACAACAGUUGGAGGUAACCUGAGCAUCCUGGCAGCUGUCUUGGUGGAACCCAAACUGCACACCCCCAUGUACUUCUUCCUGGGGAAUCUGUCAGUGAUGGAUGUGGGGUGCAUCAGUGUCACUAUUCCCUCCAUGUUGGGUAGGCUCUUGGUCCAAAAGCAUACAAUUCCAUAUGGAGACUGCCUCACACAGCUCUUCUUCUUCCAUCUGCUGGCUGGGGUUGACUGUUUCCUGUUGACAGCCAUGGCUUAUGACCGCUUCCUGGCCAUCUGCCAGCCCCUCACUUACAGCACCCGAAUGAACCACACUGUCCAGAGGAUCUUGGUGGCUACAUCCUGGGCUUGUGCCUUCAGCAAUGCACUGACACACACAGUAGCCAUAUCCACACUUCACUUCUGUGGCCCAAAUGUGAUCAAUCACUUCUACUGUGACCUGCCUCAGCUCUUCCAGCUCUCCUGCUCUAGUACCCAGCUCAAUGAGCUGCUGCUCUUUGGAGUGGGUUUCAUAAUGGCAGGAACCCCCAUGGCACUCAUUUUUAUCUCUUAUAUCCAUGUGGCAGCUGCAGUUCUGCGAAUCCACUCUGCUGAAGGCAGAAAGAAAGCUUUCUCCACAUGCAGCUCUCACCUCACUGUGGUUGCCAUGUUCUAUGGUACAGGCAUGUUUAACUACAUGAGACUGGGUUCCACCAAAUUUUCAGAUAAGGACAAAGCUAUUGGUAUUUUCAACACUGUCAUCAACCCUAUGCUGAACCCACUCAUCUACAGUCUCAGGAACCCUGAUGUGCAGGCUGCCCUCUGGAGGGUACUCACAGGCAGGCGACCAGUAACUUGAAGAAGUCUCAAGGUCCC